AUCCCUAAAAUACGAGUCCCUAUUCAACAGCCUAUUAAAAAACAUAUAAAAAUGGGGUCUACAGAAAAGAAUAAAAAGUUGGGUAUUGUUGGCAUCGCUUCCCUCCUCUUCCUGGCUUUCGUGGUGGUCGCCACCGCCAAUGAGUCCGGCACCUUCGCCAUUUCCUGUAACGGUAGCGAGUGUCCCACAAGCGGUGCGGAAUCUGUGUCUGGGUCCGGGUCUGGGUCGUGCGCCGCAGGUGAGACCGAUAAGGAGACCUGCGUAGAGAAGAACCCUGAGGGUAACGCCGUUGGUAAGAUGAGUGCACACGAGGUUAUGAGGGCGGCGUUCUCGCUGGACAGCAUAGCGGACGCGAUUGGGAAAUCGGAGCAUCUGCAGCAGUCGGUGAAGCAGCUUUGCGAGUCAACCGAUUACAAGGAGCUGUGCGAGAAGAGCUUGGCCAGAGCUAAUCACUCUCACGACCCGCGGAAGCUUAUGAACGCGGCCUUCUCGGUGGCGUGGGAGAAUCUCGCCGAAACCGUUUCCAAGUCCGAGCUUCUGAAGAGGGCGGACAAGGACCCUAGGACCCACGAGGCACUGGAAAUAUGCAAGGAGGUGCUAGACCACUCCAUUGAAGAUCUCAAGAGGUCUUCUCACAAGGUUGAGGAAUCUACUACCGUCAACGCCGAAUCAGGUAACGACCUCAAGGUUUGGCUCAGCGCCGCCAUCGCUUUCGAAGAUACCUGCCUGGAUGCCUUCCAGAACACCACCGGCGAAACCGGCGAGAAAAUGAAGCACCUCCUUAAAACCGCCAUGGAGCUCACCAGCAACGGCCUGGCUAUGGUCACUAAACUCACCGAAUUCCUCAAGACCUUGGAAAUCCCUGGGAUCAGUCGUAGAUUGUUGGAAGAUACUGAAGGUGGUGAAGGAGUAGACUCCACUGAUGAAGAAUUCCCUAAAUUCGUAGACGCCCCCACUCGCCGCCUCCUACUUGCUCACCCGAACUCCAUUAGAGCCGACAUUGUGGUUGCCAAGGACGGAAGUGGGAAAUUUAAGAGCAUCAGCAGCGCUCUGGCCUCCAUCCCGCCCAAAAACACCCGCCAAAUCGUCAUCUUCAUUAAGGCCGGCGUGUACAAUGAAUACGUGAUUGUUCCUAGGAAGAUGAACAACAUUGUUUUCCUGGGAGAGCACCCCACCAAAACCGUGAUCACCGGAAGCAAGAAUUUCAUCGACGGGGUCGGCACUUAUAAGACCGCCACGGUGGCGGUUGAGGGAGACGGGUUCGUUUGCCGGGACCUCACAAUCGAGAAUAGGGCAGGCGCCGCGAAGCACCAAGCCGUGGCUCUUAGGGUUUCAGCUGACAUGGUCGUGGUCCAUAACUGCCACAUCGACGCCUACCAAGACACCCUCUACACCCACUCCUACCGCCAGUUCUACCGCGGCUGCACCAUCACCGGCACCAUCGACUUCAUCUUCGGGGACGCCGCGGCGGUCUUCCAGAAAUGCAAGAUGAUCGUGAGGAAGCCAAUGGAGAAUCAGGCCUGCAUGGUGACGGCUCAAGGUAGAAAGGACCGCCGAAGUGUCGGCGGCACUGUCCUCCAAAACUGCGAGAUCCUCCCCGAUCCCGCCCUCAAGGCCGUCCACCCGCCCGUCAAGGUCUACCUCGGCAGGCCAUGGAAGGAGUUCUCCAGGACAAUCAUCAUGUUCUCUUUCAUUGACGGCUUCAUCGCCCCAGAAGGUUGGUCUCCAUGGGAGGGCAACUUUGCACUGAAUACCCUUUGGUACGCAGAGUAUAAGAACCGCGGCCCAGGAUCUAAUACCGCUAGAAGGGUGAACUGGAAGGGUAUCCAGAAGAACAUUUCUCCACAGGUUGCUAAGCAGUUUUUUCCUGGAGCGUACCUUGAGGGUGAUGCAUGGAUCAGGCGCAGUCAUAUCCCCUAUGCUUCUGGAAUGGCCUAGUUCACUCUACAACACAGCUAUCAUGAGUGAGAGAACGACAACCCGAGCAAGGAUUUCAUCCUACUCAACCUAUUUUUACUAUAACUAUCAAGUAGAUAUAGAGAAAUAACUAGGAGGGGUUUUCAUGUUAAAACCUGAGCAACUAUCUUGUUUUGGUAGCUUACUUAAACUGUUCUAAACGUGUUACUGUAAUAUUGAAUUGCCGCUACGGUGAAUCAUUUUUACACAAACUUUGUUCUUUGGAUCA